UUUUUUGUGUACAGUGCCUUAUCAGAUUGGCAGAUCAGAUUGGAUGCACAGCUGAUGCCUUCUUUGUUUUAGCCGUCCACCUCUGCGUCUUCUGAUACAGAAUGAAUACCACUAUAACCUAUCUUGUUGACAGCACUGGCAGGCAGCUGACCAUGGCCACAACUAUCCUUACCGCUUUCGGUGGCUUAACUGAGGAUACAACUAUAGAAAACACACCAGGCUCUACAACAGCAUCCUAUACCAGUGACAUUGCUGAAAACUCCACAGAUUACGAGUACCCUGAAGAUGGCUAUGAGGUUUGUGUGUAUCAGCGGCAUGGGGCCAGUUUUCUUCCAGCCCUCUACAGCAUUUUCUUCCUCCUCGGUGUGCUGGGUAAUUCCCUGGUCAUCUGGGUCAUUGCUUGUGGGGUGCGACUCCGCAGCAUGACCGACGUGUGCCUCCUAAACUUGGCUCUCGCUGACCUGCUCUUGGUGUGUUCCCUUCCCUUCCUAGCCCACCAAGCCCGGGACGAGUGGCGGUUCGGGGAUACUAUGUGCAAAAUGGUCCUGGGUAUUUAUCAUAUUGCUUUUUAUUGUGGGAUCUUCUUCAUCAGUCUAAUGAGCAUCGACCGGUACUUGGCUGUAGUACACGCAGUUUACGCUAUGAGAGCACGCACAAGGUCCUUUGGAAUGAUUGCAGCUGCUGUUACAUGGGUGGCCGGAUUUUUGGCUUCUUUCCCUGACCUGAUCUUUCUCAAGGAGCGGUCUAAUGGUACACAUACUCGGUUCUGCUUCCCUGCAUAUCCGAACGCCAAUUCUCAAGAUAACAGUUCACACAACCCUCACUUCUGGGCAGUCUUCAGUCUUUUUAAAAUGAACCUUUUGGGUCUAUUUGUCCCACUUGCCAUCAUGGGUUUCUGCUACUCACAGAUCAUCUGGAGGCUACUGUACAGCCAGUCAUCCAAGAAACAGGCCAUCCGUUUAGUUCUCAUGGUGGUGGCUGUUUUCUUCUGCUGUUGGGUCCCCUACAACAUUGCAUCGUUCUUCAAAGCGCUGGAGCUAUUGCACAUCUAUACUGAAUGCGAAAGCAGCAAAGCCAUUAGAUUGGCUUUACAAGUCACUGAGGUCAUUGCCUACUCUCACAGCUGCCUGAACCCCAUCCUGUAUGUGUUUGUUGGGGAGAAGUUCAGAAGGCACCUGCUGAGGAUGAUCAACAGGACUCCCUGCAGAUUGUGCCAGGUGAUCAAAGUCUACCUACCCCAAGACAGAAUCAAUGCGUCAGUCUACUCUCAGACAACCAGCCUGGAUGAGAGGAGCACUGCUAUGUAAAGUGGGAAAUGUGGUUUUGGUUGUUUGUCUAUUUGUGUGACCAUCUCCACAAUAAGAUUCAAUUCUCACCAAUUGUAGGUUAUUUUAGGUGAUGAUGCAUAGAAUGUAAGAAUAUAUUUUUAUACUUUCAUAUGUUUUAUAGACUUCAUAAGAAUGUUGAAUACAAUUGUACUGUAAAUAUCAUUUUGUUAACGACACACAGCAAAGGGGCCACAGGUACUUAAACCCACAGCCCAGGUGAGGUAUCAGGGCGCCCUGUAUAUAUGUUUAUUGUUUUACUUUGGAUACUUCCAAUUUUUUUUUGUGAAAUAAGAAUGAAACAGAUUGUGCCUGUCAUUUUAAGACGGGCACAAUGUCAGAAAUGUUUGAAUAAAAUUGUGUUUUGCCUUUUUAAUUACAUGCUACUAGCUGAAGCUGAGUGAGAAAUUGUGUCAACUCUAACAGCUGUCAACAACGUCACCAUUAGAAGCCCCAGAAACCUGAUUUUAUCAUCAGCUGCCAAAAGCAACCACACAUACGACAUCUAGGUAGAUACUGACCAAUUCCUUGCAUUCAGUUCGGGGAAACACCACGAUGAAACAACGAUUAUCUUUUAUUUGCACAAGAUCUGUUUUGCGUAUAAAACUGUUGCACAACAAAAGGUCCCUGGUGCAGCUUAGAAGUUUUAUAGCAUCUGUAGCAGCAGAUUUGCACCUAACCUCAUCCUCGAGAAAACCACAACCUGAAAGAGGAAGUGUAUAACCAAGUUGUCGUUUCAACCUUUGCAGUCUUUAUGCACAAGUGAGCAUUGCACAUUCAAACAAAAUAUUUCUGCAAUAUAUCUACUGAUAUUAAUCAGCAUUUCACAAAGCACAUUUUUUUGUGGUAUAUAAUUUUGGAGUAUAAUAAUGUGAUGGAUGUAUUGUUGUGUGUCAUGCAGAUUAUGUAAUUAUCCCAAUCAAUCAAGUAUUGUUAUUUAUAUUGUUACAUCACACAGUGAUUCAUUAGCUGGGAUUGGAAACUCAGUGAACAUACAGAAAGUCUAAGUCCCUUUCCGCUCCUGAACUACAAUCUGUUCCACUAGCUUUUGUCCAUCAGAAUGUUCUGGUCUCAAAGGGUUUCUUUCAUUGCUGUACUAUAAUUACUUAUUUUUAAUGAAGAUUAACUUUCAGUUUCAGAUGGUCAAUUUCAGUUGUGUCAGUAGGUUAUAUAACAACCUUGAGUCAAUGACACAGGAUUUCUGUCAGAACCACAUGGGAACUUUUGUUGUUGAAGGCGCAUUUCCCUUAGAAAUCAUCAGGAUUUUUUUACGUGUCAGUUUUUAUAGUGAUUUAGUAUUGCACAUUCAUACAGCUGGGUGAUUUAGAAAAUAUGUCAAAAUUGAAACAGGAGAGGCUGAGAAAUCAUUACAUUUACUCUCUAGUGGGUCCACACACACCAAAUUCUACACUUCCCAUAAUGCAACUAGAUAGUUUCUUACAUUAGAUCCUCCCUUCUUGGUAAAUGCUCAUGUCUUGUCUCUAAACUCACUGACAAUGACCGCAGACUUUCUGUUAUAAAUGUGUAGUCUCAGCAACCAAAAUCAGAUACCCCGAUGACAUCACUCAGAUAACAUCAGAAGACAUGCAACUGCUCAGUUCUGACAUGUAAAAUCAGUGGUGUGCUCUUCAGUACACAUUCUUACCAGUGAACAGUAGUCUUCAGGUUGAAAACCAACAAAGUGAUCCUUAAAUUCUAGUGCAGUCGGUAAAGCUAUCCAUGUGUGAAGUUGAAGCAGUUUUAAGAUUUUAUUUUGCUGAAUUACGUCAUAUAUCUUUGUAUUAUAUUUUAUUUUAUUCUAAAGAAUUGUUGUUUUUGUCCAACCAAACAAGUUGAUAUACAGACUGGAUGUCACAACACAUUUUGUAAUGCUGAUAUUAUAUGAAAUAUUUAUGUAUCAUAUUAAGCUAUUCCUAUUUUUCAAUAAAAAUAUUUUCCUUUACACUGA